AUGCUGAAAACAAUCUUUCGUAAUGGAUGUCGUCUUCGACCAACAUUCAAUAUAUGUUUAUCAACAUCAUUAAGUAAUCGUCUACAUACAUUAUCUCCAUCCAAUACGUAUCAAAAUGGUCAAGUUUGGCCACAUGUUUUUGUAUUACGUCGUACAUCAAUACUUGAUCGACAUAUUAAAGAUGCUGGUCAAAUGCGUACACCACCUCCAUUAACACCGCGAGAUAUUGAAUCACGAGUAUUACGUAUUUGUAACGAAUACGAUAAAAUUCAAGAAGCACAAAAAAAUAAGAUCGCGUUGGAAACACAUUUUAUGAAUGAUCUUGGUCUUGAUAGUCUUGAUCAUGUUGAAAUAAUUGUUGCAUUAGAAAAUGAAUUUGGUUUUGAAAUUCCUGAUGCUGAUUAUGAUAAAUUAUAUACGGUUAAAGCAGUUGUUGAUUAUUUAAAGAAUAGAAUGCAUGUUGUCGAACGUCCAAAACCUGUUGUUUCAUCAGCAAGUGAUCCACGUUAUGACGAACAUCAUCAUUGA